AUGGGCGUCCUCAUCCUUCCAAUGCCACCUAUGACUAUAGAAGAAGUAAUUCCGCGGACAAAGAAAUGGUGGCCACCUUGGGAUUCAAGGAAGCAAUUGAGCAGCAUUUAUUGUGAAACCGGUGGAGCUGAUGCAGGUGGAGUGCUUACAUCUAAGCUGCGAGGAAGACAUUAUUCGAUAUUGUCGUGGGUUAAAUCUUGUGUGGAUUGGCAAAUUCAAGCUGGGUCUGUAGAGCACGAACAGUUGGAACUCAUUUUAGGCUACCCUAUUAAUCACACUCGUCUUCGUCGGGGACAAUUUGGCCGAAAGGCUUAG